AUCCUCUCAUCAGCUGUUUUUGUUUUGCUCCGUGAAUAUUGGAAGUUAAUAACAUAAUAAUAACAACAGUGUAAAACAGCCCAAAGUGAAUCCGCUAAGAAGGGCUGCGUGGUUGUUAAUAUUUGACACUGCUCAGGUUUAGGACUAUAAACUCGGUGGAGCAUGCGUGUCGUCUGAGCCAGCCUGGCAGGACAUUCCUGUCCCUGAAGAGGGAGAGCGUGGCGCUCGGAGUCGGGGAGCACAGGAGGGGAAGCGGGUUCCGGCGGCGAUCGACCCGAGCCCAAGGCCUCCGACCUCGGGCAGCGAGAGGAGAGGGGACCUGGCGGCCCGGAUGGAGUCCCAGGACGCGCCGGAGAGCCGCGGGGUGCACCCGGGCUUCAUCUGCGCCUCGUUCAACCAAGACACCACUUCUCUCUCUGUGGGUACCAAGACUGGCUACAGGCUCUUCUCUGUCACAGCUGUGGACAAACUGGACUGCAUCCACGAAGGAGUAGAGUGUCCAGACGUCUAUAUAGUGGAGCGAUUGUACUCCAGCAGUCUGGUAGUGGUGGUCAGUCUGUCCAUGCCCAGGCGAAUGAACGUCUACCACUUCAAGAAGGGUACAGAGAUUUGCAACUACAGCUAUUCCAACAACAUCCUCUCUGUCAGACUCAACAGACAGCGGCUGGUGGUGUGCCUGGAGGAGUCGAUCUACAUCCACAACAUCAGAGACAUGAAACUACUCAAGACCCUGCUCAACACCCCCAUCAACCCAUCAGGCCUGUGCGCGCUUUCUGUCAAUCAGAGUAACUCCUACCUGGCGUACCCCGGCAGCGCCACCAUCGGAGAGAUUACAGUCUACGACGCCAACAACCUGAGCACUGUGACAUUGAUCCAGGGUCAUGACAGCCCCCUGGCUGCCCUGACGUUCAACGCCUCUGGUACGAAACUCGCCAGUGCGUCAGAGAAGGGUACUGUUAUCAGAGUGUUCAGCGUUCCUGAAGGUCAGAAGUUGUUUGAAUUCCGGCGAGGGAUGAAGAGAUAUGUGAGCAUCAGUUCCUUGUCCUUCAGUGCAGACGCUCAGUUCCUGUGUGCCUCCAGCAACACUGAGACAGUUCACAUCUUUAAACUAGAGCAGCACAGCCCCAGUCAAGAGGAAGAAUCUCCUACCUGGUCAGCAUAUGUGGGCAAAAUGUUCACUGCAGCCAGUACCUACCUGCCCUCUCACGUCUCCGACAUGAUGCACCAGGACAGAGCCUUCGCCACUGUACGCCUCAACAUGUUUGGCCUGAAGAACAUCUGCGCCCUGGCUACGAUUCAGAAGCUUCCUCGCCUACUUGUGGCAUCCUCAGACGGGUAUCUUUACAUCUACAACGUGGAUCCGCAGGAUGGAGGCGAGUGUGUCCUUGUUCAAAAACACAGACUCUUUGAAUCCAGUGAGGACCAAGAGGAACAGAAGGAAGAGGAGGACCCAGAUGAUGUCCCUCCACAACCAGCCAGCCAAUCAUACGCUGCCACUGUGGCUCUCCCUUCAACUCCUCCCUCAUCCACCACCCUCAUGGGCUACUCUGAAGACGGUGGAGCCCAGAGGGGUGAGGUCAUCCCCGAACACGAGUUUGCGGAGAGUCCCAUUUGUCUCGAUGACGAGAACGAAUUUCCUCCAGUCAGCAACCAGAGUAACUAACCCAACCAACGCACCCAUGGCUGUGACACUAAAGCCUCUCCCACCCUCCCAUGAGCUCCCAUGCUGAACUUGGAUCAAACCAUACAAACCUUACAAGAGUAUUACAUUUUGCUGUUUCUGUGUUAAGCAUCCCUCUUAUUUCCCAUAAGAAGUAAUGAAGAAAAAAAAACACUAAAAUAGAAUGAGAGGUCCACUCGUAAAAAUAAAAAACCCUUCAGAUUAUUUGCUGUUUGGUUAGACAGCCUCAUAUCUUAUCUUGAGAAAUCUUCUGCUAACUUCUUAUUAUACCAUUUCAAACAGUGUUAAGACUUUUGCGAGUUACAACUGCAGACAGCAAGAAACCCUCACAACACGUUUACAUAACUGUUGAAGUGAUGUAGUUUUGAACAGUGCACACAGUGGUGACUGAAGGUUUGUGAAUCUUUGUAGAUUUUCUACAUUUUGCUUAAUUUUUGAGCAGCUUAGAUCGGGCCUACCUCUUGUAUUUUGAAGUAAAGCUUCUUGUUGAAUAAUGAUCAUUUAUUUCGUUUUCAUGACUGAUAAAAAUAUGAAGAUUUUAACACUAUCCUUACAACUAAAGGAACCCAAUUAAAUAAAUGUGAACUACUAUACUAUAUUUCUGCAGAUACACCCGUUCAUUUGUUGCUGGUGGUUUCCUCACAUACACUCAUGGAUGACUUUGACUUGAUCGUCCCAAAAUAUUACUUUUAUUCUUUUAUUUUCUUGGCAGAAAGAAUUGUGUGCUUUCGAAUGUUGACUGGGCAAAACAUAAAACAGGCCCAAGCUAUGACACUGCUAUCACCAUGUUGCCCAGGUGGGAAUUCUUACUUGUUCAUGUAAUCUUUUGCAAACUACAGACAGAGUAUAGUGUUCUUUUUAGAAACCAUUGACCUCUUUGCAUCACAGCAAAAGCAUAUAAAGUACAUGCAGAGCAAUACUCAAAAUUAACGAGCUCUGUCAUGCAAGCUGCUUUUUCUGAUCGCCUUAACCUGAAUAAGGUCAUAUUUUCACCAAACAAGAAUCUACUCGUUGCACAUUAGACAUAAAUACAUUUCCAUCAUUAUAUUGCACGCUUUUGCUGUAUCUUCUGACAAAUGCCACAAAUGCUCUGUGUUUUAAGAGAUAUGGCUUUAAAUGGCUAAAAAUGUUGCAGGGCAUGGGGGAAUCAUUAAUGUUUGCUCUAUAAAAGACAUAAUCAGAACGCUGUCCUUAUUUGUUAAUAAAGUCAUUAGUGGGAAUAUUUCUGUCAAUGUUACAUAAGAGUUAUUUGUUGGGAGAGAAGCCUCUUGUUUCUUAGGAAUUUCCUUGAGUGCCUUUGUGACCUUGUAGACUAGUACACACCUUGCUCCUGGAGAGGUUUCUGCUGGUUUUAUUCCAUCUGACUGUACUGUCUAACUGUGGAGUCCAACUUCUUGAGACUGUUUUACAAGCUUUUGUUUAUCCUGAUGAGCACCGAUAGCUCAAAAGUUCUUAGAAAUUCCCUUCGUUCACGAUGUACUUUCACAAAUGUGUUAUGAAGAUCAGAGUAUCAUGUUUCUUUAAAAAACAUAAGACACUCCCCCUACUGUCAUUUACUUUACAGAAAAACAAUGAAUCUAAUUUCAUCUUCAAAUAAACAUCUAAUUCUCCAGGUUCACAUAUAAGACUGGAUCAUUUUCCUCAAGAAACAAUGACGAAUAGAAUAUUUUUCUAUCAGUUGUAUAAUUUUAUCCUUUCUUUUUACUCUUAUGGCCUCUGAAUCUGAUUGUGCUGAUUUUUGCUUUUUAAGACAAAAAAAAAAUUCAAAGGUUUCACAAAUUUUCAAGCACCACUGUGUUUCAACUAAACAAAAAUGGUGAUGGAGGCAAACCAGUGAUUAGGUUAUAAUAAGCUGACUGAAAAUACAUAGUGAGAAAAAGAGACAACAAGGGACUGUUCCCUGCUGCUUUUCUCCAUGGGUCCGAUUCAUACAAAGGCUUUCAAGAGGGGUGCUUAAAACUCACCUGAAGUUAUUUUUCACAGCUCCUUAUCAAGCAAAGGGCUACGUGAUGAUUGGGAAGUUUGUCUAAAAAAAUUAAGCACAAUUCAUGAUGUGUAAGUCGUGAAAGGUUGACAUCAGACCCAAGGACUUUUGGAGCCUAUUAGUGGGCAUUAAAUGCAUCAUACCUCACGAGAGAAAAGCAGCAGUUUUCUCAAGAAGGAAAAUAUAUUGUGCAAUUCAUGAUUUAAAUCAUGACACAUGCUGUAUCAUGUUACUUAAAAAUGCAGCUACGAUGCUAAUUUUGGUAGCGUUAGAUCAUCGUAUGAAAACAUAACCUGAUAAGAUGUCCGGAAGAGAUGACUCUGUAAGACGAUCGAUGGCUAAAUGUGAAAGGGUUGAUGACAAAUUGCACAUGGAAACGUUUCACAUCUUUUAUAUUCAGUGAUUUUCUGAAGACCUUUUUAUUUACACAUGAUGCUGAAUAUGUUAACUUGUAAGUCAUAGUUAUUUUUACAUUGAUGUAUUAAAUAUUCUUUUUGCAAAAAUACUACACAACACUUAGACGUACUAUACGUAAAUAUAUAUUGAUGAUUUUUACUGUAAGUAUAAUGUAUAUAUAACAUUUCUAUGUGGUACUGCUGUAGUACUUAGCCAAGUAAAAUCAUGAUUUGCCAAAAGAUGGCGAUGUUUGGACACCCUUUAAGCUGCACUUCAUUGUUCAGUGUGGGAAAUUUGGACCCAAUAAAUCUAAAGAAAAAAAAUGGUUGAACCACUACAAUGAGUUGCUUUGAUUUUUUCAAAACCUCGACUCAAACUGUUCAUGCCGUAAAUGUUUUAAUACUGUAUUGAAUCUUAUCAAAUAUCUAUAAAAUAACAAGCACUUUCCUUUGCAGGA